AACUCUGGUUAUUGGAGAAAUUUAACUGAAUCUUUCCUCUGCCGGGCUUUAUGGAGAUAUUCCAUCCCACAUAGGUACUCUUUCAAAGCUCACCCACCUUCACCUUUCCAAAAAUUGUCUAACAGGCCAAUUACCUCUUUCAAUUGCCAACCUCUCCAGGUUGAUGGUGUUUGAUCUUUCUUAUAAUUACCUAAAUGGUUCUAUUCCAAGAGAAUUGGGUAGUUUAAAGAAUCUCAUUGCAUUAAAUUUGAGCCAUAACCAUUUUAGCGGUCCAAUUCCUUCAACUUUUGCUCUUUUUUCCAACCUCACUCAUCUACAUAUGUCAUCUAAUCAAAUUAAUGGUGAGUCUACCCCUCAAGUUGAGAUCAUUAUUUGCGUCAUCUUGGCCUUCUUUGCCUUUUAUUUGAUCAUUUUAUUCAUGUUGGCCCAUAAGUUUCUUUUCAAAACUAGACAAGUCCAACCUACUAAACGAGCUUCAAAAAAUGGUGAUAUAUUGUCGGUAUGGAAUUAUGAUGGGAAAAUUGCAUUUGAAGAUAUCCUAAAAGCAACGGAAGAUUUUGACAUUCGAUAUUGCAUUGGAACAGGUGGUUACGGUAGUGUAUACAGAGCACAACUACCUAGUGGCAAAGUGGUUGCCUUGAAGAAGCUUCACAGUUCAGAGGCAGAAGAAGUAUCAUUCAGAAAGAGUUUUGAGAAUGAGGUAGAAACGUUGACUAAAAUUCGUCACAAAAAUAUCAUAAGACUCUAUGGAUUCUGUUUGAACAAAAGAAGCAUGUUUUUUAUUUACGAGUAUAUGGAAAGAGGAAGCUUGUUUUGUGUUCUAAGCGAUAAUUUAGAAGCUGUGGAAUUAGAUUGGAGUAAGAGAAUUAAUGUCGUCAAAGGCAUAGCGUAUGCAUUGUCUUACAUGCAUCAUGAUUCCACUCCUCCAAUUGUUCAUCGUGAUGUAAAGAGCACCAACAUCUUAUUGAACUCAGAAUUUGAGGCUUUUGUGUCUGAUUAUGGAACCGCUAGAUUACUUGAUCCCGAUACUUCCAAUCGAACCAUGAUUGCUGGUACAUACGGCUAUAUUGCUCCAGAAUUUGCCUACACCAUGGCCAUAACGGAAAAAUGUGACGUUUAUAGCUUUGGGGUAGUGGUACUAGAAACGUUAAUGGGUAAGCACCCUGGAGAAUUUUUGUCAUCAUUGUCAUCUUCAUCAUCCUCAAUUCAAAAUAUGUUGCUGACUGAAAUAAUAGACCAUCGCCCAUCACCGCCAAGAAAUCGGAUUGUUGAGAGUGAUAUUGUUCUUAUUACUACGCUGGGAUUUGCAUGCCUAAAUGCCAAACCAAUGUGUCGACCAACAAUGAAGCUAGUUUCUCAACAACUUCUUGCUCGCAAACGAUUGAUAGCCAAGCGUUUUAGUGAUAUUUCACUUGGACAACUGAUGUUCCCAGAUGAAAUUUUACUAGAAAUUGAAAAUAAGAUUAGUUGAAUUCAUUAAAUUCAAAGAUGUUUCUUGCAACUUAUCACCAUGCUCUACUUUGGAAUUUAUAAUAUCAUCUCCACUUUUUCAA